AUGGAAGGGUACAAUCAAAGGCCUAUCGAUACCGGACAAAUGCCAACCUCCUCUCUACAAGAGCUGCCGUUCCAUAGUCCGGUUGGCACUCCGAUGACUUCUAGAAAAUUCCCGGAGAAGAUACCGUACAGACUUUACGAACAACUCCCAGAGAAGCUGAAAGGGGAGAGAGUACGUCAGCUAGAACGGGGCUACAGCAUGGAGACACAUGACCGUCCAACGUAUUCGGAAGAAAUGCGUCGUGCGGCAGAGGAAAGGAAACGCGAUGAACGAGAAAGAGUGGCAUCGAAUGAAGAGGUUGAGCAUCGGAAGCCUCGUAUUCAAAGACAACCACCUGUUCAUCUGACGCGAAUCAGGCCGCCAUCGUAUGUCAUACAGAGAAAAACGAAAACGCUUGAAGCUCGAACCGAUACGAAUACGAGGCCACCUGAACGGCAUCCUGUAAUGGAAGUUCUCGAUCCUCCACGAACCUCGUGUGCCUCGCCACCUGGAUCGACAUCCAGUCGGUUACCGAAACCAGACAAGAAAUCAUGGCUGGACAAGAUUCGAAGCAUGAAACGAUCUUAA